AUGAAUUUGCAAAAUCAAACAGCGGUUCAAUCAGAGUCUUUUGACGCGUCCAAUAUUAACAAUAUAAAAGCUUCAAAUGUAUUCGUAUCUCCACAUUUCAGGACAAGGGCAAAUGCAGCUCGCUUGUCAUUCAAAGAAUUUCAAAAGAAAGCAGUUGAUAAUCCACCAAAUUUAUCCGUUGCCCAAAAUCCUAUCCUUUGUGAUUCACACACUCCAACUUUUGCAAAUUUAUUUUUCAAGAAAUUUGGAAACAUAUCAAAGGAAAUUACAAAUGAGUCAACUACACUUAGUGAAGAAAGGAUUCUAGAAAAUGAAAAUUUAAAAAAGGUUACCUUAAAUAAAGCAAAGUCCUUAUAUAAUGAAAAAACAGCGGAACCUCUUAAUCAGGAGCCUUCAAUUCAAGAAAAGACUUCAGAUAAAGAAACUUGCGCUGAUUCUAAUAAUACCUCACUUCAAUCUCCAGAGCUGUCCUCACAGCGAACAUCAUCUCUAACCGAGAAUAAAAUUUCGGCUCACGGUUUACAUUCUGACACUUACUUGGAUCAGAAAACAACUUCAUCCUUAUCAAAUAAUGGUUACUUUCAAACGGAUAAUAAUGAUGAGGUACUAAUAGAAGAAGAUACGAUUGAGAUAUCCAAAGAAAACGACAAAGUUAACGUUGAAGGAUCACUUUCCUUUAAUAAAAAUAAUUCCGAUCAUUUUCUUAUUUCUCAAACUCCUUCACGUUGUAACUCUGAAUUAAAGGAUAAUUUAAAUGAUGAUAAUGAGUUAAAUCUAUUAAUUGAAACCAUUCAAAGAUGGAAAGAUGAAGUGGUUAGAAGGGACUGCCUUAUUGGAGAUUUGCGUAAUGAAAUUGCCACGCUUCGCGAUAUUUUAGAACGUAAAAAAAAAUCUUUAUUUAAUUAUCGCGAACGUAUGCUUCUUGUGGAGUCGAUGAUUAAACAGCAACAAAUUUAUACCGAACGUAAUCGAGAACGAAUCAAUAAUAUCAAGUUAAAAUAUUCAUUGUUUAGUAACUUACUCUAUAAUAUGGGCAAUAAUAUGAAGGAAAUAUGUAAUCAUAAAGAAAGAAUGGAAGAAGAGUUUGAAUCAAUGAGAUCAGAAUUUAGUAAGCUUACUACUAAAUACAAGUCAACCUUAGAUAAUAAUGCUGCAAUGACUCAAGCACAACGAGAUCAACUAGUACAAAUUACUGAAUUCAGCUCAAAACUUAUUGAAGCAAAUGCACAGCUCACGGACAUUAGAACUCGGUUACUUCAAGAAAUACAAGAGACAGAUAGUAAAUCCUCAAAUUAUUCAUCCGAACUUGAUGGUAUUUUAAACCAAUUAUUAAGUGAGGUUGAGAAUAAAGAAUUUAAAGAUAAUCGAAAUUUGAUAAAAGAAGACGAAGAAAAAAUUGCUCCUCUGUCAAUCAAUAAAAUUGAACGGAAAAUCGAGUCUAUUCGAUCUCAAGUUACUCAAUUGAAGUUCAUGAUUAAGGAGAAAGAUGAACGUAUAGCUCAGUUAGAUGUAGCUGAAAAGGAAAGGGAUGACCUUAAAGUAGAAAUUAUUCAAACAAAGGAAUUAAUGAAAACGGAUCGCGAUUCACUCAAGCAAGAAAUAGAAAUCAUGCGUGCUAAACACGAAACUGAUCUUAAGCGAGUUGAAUCAGAAUUUUGUAGGGACCGUUAUAAAUUACAGAAUGAUUUUCACAAAGAACGUUCUCAGAUUGAGGCUGAAUGGCGCGAAGAACGCCUUCGAUUAGAAUCAGAACGUCAUGAAGAACGUAAUCAUCGUUUACGUUUAGAAGACGAAUAUCGGAAUGAAAGGUCAGAACGGUUUAGGAUUGAAACCGAAUUAAGAAGCUCUGAACGAAAAGUAGAUGAAAUGUCCAAGACGUGCGAUAAAGAUAAUUUAAGGAUUGUACAAUUAGAAUCCCAAUUAAUUAAAAUGGAUUGUUGUCAACCAGAUAGUUCAACUGUCGCUGUCGGAACUGCUGAUAUACAAGAUUUAGAUCUUCAAAUUCAACAUAAUAAGAUUAUUUCCGAACUUAAUAAAAACAACCUUGAUAAUAAAAGGAAGAUCGAAAACUUGAUAGAUGAGUUAGAAACCUGGAAGUCCAAGUCCAGUUCACUUGAGUCACAGCUGGCUUCAUUGAACUCAAUGUAUAAUAAAUUACAUGAGCACAAUAAAUCACUUGUUGAGAUUAGCGACAGUUAUCUGCAGAACAAAGAAGCGGUGGAUCAAGCACUUAAUCGCACUACAAAUUAUUAUCAAGAUAUAACUAAAAAAAUUACUGCAGAACAUGAAAAUGAAAUUCGAAAGCGUGAUUGCAAAAUUCGUGAAAUUGAAACGAAAGAAGCCUCUUUAUUAGAAGAAAUCCAAAUGUUAAAGUCCCAAAUAUUAGAAAUGGAGGACAACAAUAAAUCUUUACAACACAAAUUAGUGG